CCUCACUGCUUGGUUUCGUUCAAACAACUUGAUAAAUCAAAAUCCCAGUGUUUGAUUUCUGAGAUUUGCGGGAAUUAAAAGUUCUUGUUUUCAACUUCAGACAAAAACAAACAAUAUCGCUCUCAAGUUUCAAAGUUGUGGGUUUUUGGUUGAAUCUUGUAACGGAAAUCGUACGUAGAGCUACUGUGUGGUGACUGUGUCUUUGUAGCCAAUUGAGAGCACUAGUUUGAUUGGAAAAGAGAAGGUGAAAGAGUUGGAUUACUAGCUUAUUAUUUUGGGUUUGAGUUGUUGACAAAAUGGAUAGAGACAUAGAAAUCUUUGAGCACCUAAAAGGCUAGAAACCAGAUGAAAACUGCAGCCUUUUUUGAAACCGUAAUGACGAGGAAAAGGUUAUGGAUUUUAAUUUCAUGCGUAGAAGAAAGUAGUUUGGAAUAUCUAAUGCUAAAAAAGACCGGGGUUUUGUUAUGAUAUUUGCACGGUAAAUUGAAAAUUUUCAUUUUGGUCGGGAUUACACAGUUCAUGGCAACGGAAAACUUAAAAACCAGUAGUUUAGGAAAUAUGCGGUAUCAAGAGCUUGGUCAUCCAGUUUUCGAGGUAGAGGUCGAUGCUACAAAUGUUCAGCAGUCCGGUUUUGAUUCAGAUGCUGCUUAUACGGCAACUUCAAGAGUUUUUUCCGGUGCACAAUCUCUCAAGUUUGAGAUGGAAGAAGAAAGUAAUAAGAAAUACAAACAACUGAGAUUAUCUCAUCAAGUACAACAGUGUCUUUAUCUCAGCGUACCAGAGAAUUCAAGUCCAUUGGGACUGAUUUUGAGGAAAACCCCAUCAUUUCUAGAUCUAGUGGAAACCAAACUAUCUCAUGAUUAUUCAUGUUCAGCAACUAGAAAAAGAAAGAGCGUAGAUGAUGAUGCUAGUAGUACCCAUCUGAUUAAUGGAAAGAUGAAAGCUUCUAAUUUCUCUGCAUCAAGCUUGAAUAUUGGCUCAUGGGAGAGAAUUUCAAAACAUGAUGGAGAUCUGGUAGCAAAGUGUUACUUUGCGAAGAGGAAAUUCUUAUGGGAGUUGCUCGAUGGUGGAUUGAAGAACAAAAUAGAAAUUAUGUGGUCGGAUAUAGCUUCCAUCAGAGCAACUUGUAAGGAUAAUGGUCCCCAAACACUAGAAAUUGAGUUAUUGAGGCGGCCUCUUUUCUAUCGAGAAACGAACCCACAACCUAGAAAGCAUACUCUAUGGAAAGCUACUGCUGAUUUUACUGCUGGUCAGGCUUCCAUUUUCAGAAGACAUAAGUUGCAAUUUCCUCAAGGAACUUUGCAAAAGCACUAUGAUAGACUUCUGAAGCUAGACAAUGGACUAUCUUUGCUCAGCAAAAAUCCCUUCCCCUCAUUGGAGUCUCCAUUUUUUGGUCCAGAUGAUCUAGAAAGUCAAAAUCCAAAUGAUUUCAUGUUGUUUGGGCUGGAAGGUCAAGGUUCAAGUCUUCUGAAGCGGAUGUUCGAAUGGGGAACGAAUGCUGACCAGUCAGAGAAGCUACCUUGUUUUACCCUCACUGGAACUUCUGUUCCUUUGCCGUACUCAAGUUCAGACCAUGCUUUUACUUCUCCUGAAGCAAGUUCCUCGAGUUCAGGAGCAAGCAGGAGUUGUAUGGGGCAAGGAACUCCAACUUCGAACUCGAACCUAGUUCCUGGUGUAUUCCCCUCAUUGAAAGCAUCCUUACCUAACUACACAACACUAAGCUCUGAUGGAAGGAUAUCAAGAAAAGCAACGGCUCAAGUACUAGGAAAAAAUCUUGGUUUGGCAGUGAAUAGUAACUCCAACUGGCAUCAUACUUCAGAUUGCUGGAUUUCAGACACUCAAACAGAUAAAAAUCUAACUAGUUCAUUUGAAGGUGGCAGCAUUAUGCAUAAGAGUGAUCUAGAUCAGGUCUAUGACGAGUUCUCUCAUUUCGAAGAAAUGAAUGGUGAUCUUCAUCCUGAGGACAUGCCUAGCAGUUGCGCGGAACUCUUUGCAAAUAUAUGCACCUUUCCAGUUGUCAUUCUAGAGGAUGAAGCAGCAAUAAACAUUCUAGAGGAUGAAGCAGCAAUAAAUGAAGCAAAAGCAAAAGAGAGCAUGGAAUGGAUGCCAUGGGCGUAAGACAUCAGCAGUGAUACACAUCCCCAGGGUUGUCCCACGAGAGAGAAAGAGGGUGGGGAUCUUGUGACAGGGGUGGGUUUAGUGUGGGUCCCACCUCUUGUGUCAUAUAGGUACAACCCACGUGAUUAGGCCCGCCGGAUGUAAAUCAUUUUCGGUAAGACAUAAACAAGUAGUACGAUAUUUGCAUUGUAUAUACUACGUCAAUCAAUUGUCCUUUCUUUGUAUCUGUGGGAUUGUUCACCUAAUGAAACUAAGUCGACAUUGCCAAAUA